CAUGACCGUAUGGUAGGGUGAUAUUUGACCAAUGAUGAUUCAUAUGUCUGGAGAGUUUCAGAUCAGAGCAGUCAGUCUGAGUGCAUGUUGUGUUGAUCUACAGAUCUACAGAGUUGUUAUUGCUGAUCAUGACUACAGCCAUUGACAUCCAUCAAAUCUAGUCAGAAUUUGAGAGUGUUGUUAGUAUCACUAAAGCUGUGGCUGCUACUGAUGAUAUUGAUCGUAUAUAAUAUACAAGCCUUGAGUAAGCUAGUGAGGUUACAGAGACAUUGGAAGCAAGUCACUGUCUGAAAUGAGUAAUCAUCACCUUGCUAAACAACUCUACCAGGCUAGUGAUAUUGGCCAUGACCAAGAAGUGCUUGAGCUGCUACAGAGAGGAGUUCCACCCAACAAUAGUGAAUUCUACACUAGAGAGCUGUGUGGAUGGACUCCACUACACUGGGCAUGUGGUCAUAACCAUCUCCGCAGUGCAGAACUACUCAUCAAGUUUGGAGCGAUUGUAGCUGCUACAAACGCUGGCGUUAAUUGGACUCCCUUACACUUUGCAUGUGCCAGCAACAGUACGGCUACUGUUCAGCUGUUAUUGAAGCACCACUGUCCCACAGAUAUCAAGGACAAUGCUGGAAGGGCUGCUGCUGAUUGGGCCAAAUUGUUUAUGCACCGUGCCUUGGCUUACUAUGUGGAAGUAUUCCAGCCUGGACCUAGAGAUCCUCUGUCCUCGUACCCAACACUGGAACAGUUGAGUCAGCUGGAAUGUGACCAAUGGCUUCAACUUGGUGUUCACUUGGGAUUGGGAAAUGACCAACUGGAAACCAUAAAGAAGAGCCAACAUCCCACAGCAGCAACUCUCCAGGCAGCCAAAAUCAAGAAUAUUGACAUGCAGUGGAAGGAUAUUGUGGAAGCUCUAAUGGGCAUGGGAGAGUACAAGUUUGCAGAGAGUGUGUGCACUCAGCAAGGGGAAGGUGAGAGUGCUCUGUCAGUGAGUGCAUUCUAUGGUUGGCUGGACUGGGUCAAGCGUCUUGUGGAAACUGUGGGGUUCGAUCCAAAAAGUAUAGUCAACAAGGCUGGUGAUACCUCACUAUCUCUGGCUUGUGCCAAUGGCCACUUGGACACAGUCAAGUAUCUUGUAAACGAGCAUCAUUGUGAUCCUAGAAGUACAGUCAACAAAGCUGGUGACACCCCACUCUCUCUGGCCUGUGCCUGUGGCCACUUGGACACGGUCAAGUACCUUGUAAAUGAACAUCAUUUUGAUCCUAGAAAUACAAUCAACAAGGCUGGUGACACUCCACUCUCUCUAGGUUGUGCCAAUGGCCACUUAGACACAGUAAAGUACCUUGUGAACGAGCAUCAUUGUGAUCCUAGAAGUACACUCAACAAGGCUGGUGACACCCCACUCUCUCUGGCCUACAAAAGCAGACACUUGGAGACUGUUAAAUAUCUUGCUCAAGAACAUCAAUGUGAUCCAAAAUUUGUAGUGAAUGAGUAUGGAGACACUCCUCUCUUGCUUGAGUGUUCCUGGGGUUACCUGGAGAUGGUCAAGGCUCUCAUCAACAAGCAUGUUGAUCCAAAUAAGCAAUUCAACAAUGCUGGUGACACCCCACUCUCUCUGGCCUGUACUAUUGGCCACUUGGACAUGGUCAAGUACUUUGUGAAUGAACAUCACUGUGAUCCUAGAUGUACAGUCAACGAAGCUGGUAACACCCCACUCUCUCUGGCCUGUACUAUUGGCCACUUGGACACAGUCAAGUAUCUUGUGAAUGAGCAUCAUUGUGAUCCUAGAUGUACAGCCAACAAGGCUGGUAAAACACCACUCUCUCUGGCCUGUGCCAAAGGCCGCUUAGAAACUGUCAAGUACCUUGUGAACGAGCAUCAUUGUAAUCCAAAAUGUACAUUCAACAAGGCUGGUGACACCCCACUCUCUCUGGCCUGUGCCAAUGGCCACUUAGAAACUGUCAAGUACCUUGUUAACGAGCAUCAUUGUGAUCCAAAAUGUACACUCAACAAGGCUGGUGACACCCCACUCUCUCUGGCCUGUGCCAAUGGCCACUUAGAAACUGUCAAGUACCUUGUUAACGAGCAUCAUUGUGAUCCAAAAUGUACACUCAACAAGGCUGGUGACACCCCACUCUCUCUGGCCUGUGCCUGGGGCCACUUGGACAUGGUCAAGUAUCUUGUGAAUGAGCAUCAUUGUGAUCCUAGAUGUACAGCCAACAAGGCUGGUAAAACAUCACUCUCUCUGGCCUGUGCCAAAGGCCACUUAGAAACUGUCAAGUACCUUGUGAACGAGCAUCAUUGUGAUCCAAAAUGUACACUCAACAAGGCUGGUGACACCCCACUCUCUCUGGCCUGUGCCAAUGGCCACUUAAAAACUGUCAAGUACCUUGUGAACGAGCAUCAUUGUGAUCCAAAAUGUACAAAUCAAUUACUGUUAUGUACACUCAACAAGGCUGGUGACACCCCACUCUCUCUGGCCUGUGCCAAUGGCCACUUAAAAACUGUCAAGUACCUUGUGAACGAGCAUCAUUGUGAUCCAAAAUGUACACUUAACAAGGCUGGUGACACACCACUCUCUCUGGCCUACAAACACAGACACUUGCAGACUGUUGAAUAUCUUGCUCAAGAACUUCAAUGUGAUCCAAAAUUUCCAGUGAAUGAGGCUGGAGACACUCCUCUCUUUCUUGAGUGUUCCCAUGGUUACCUGAAGAUGGUCAAGGCUCUUAUCAACAGACAUGUUGAUCCUUGGAAGCCAGUUAACAGGGCUGGUAACACCCCACUCUCUCUGGCCUGUACUAAUGGUCACUUGGACACACUCAAGUACUUUGUGAAUGAACAUCAUUGUAAUCCUAGAAGUACACUCAACAUGGCUGGUGACACCCCACUCUCCCUGGCAUGUGCCAAUGGCCACUUGGACAUAGUCAAGUACCUUGUGAAUGAACAUCAUCGUGAUCCUAAUAAUACAGUCAACAAGGCUGGUGACACUCCACUCUCUCUGGCCUGUGCCAAUGGCCACUUAAACACAGUCGAGUACCUUGUGAACGAGCAUCAUUGUGAUCCUAAAAAUACAGUCAACAAGGCUGGUGAUACCCCACUCUCUCUGGCCUGUGCCUAUGGCCACUUAAACACAGCCGAGUACCUUGUGAACGAGCAUCAUUGUGAUCCUAAAAAUACAGUCAACAAGGCUGGUGACACCCCACUCUCUCUGGCCUGUACUAAUGGUCACUUGGACACACUCAAGUACUUUGUGAAUGAACAUCAUUGUAAUCCUAGAAGUACACUCAACAUGGCUGGUGACACCCCACUCUCCCUGGCAUGUGCCAAUGGCCACUUGGACACAGUCAAGUACCUUGUGAAUGAACAUCAUCGUGAUCCUAAUAAUACAGUCAACAAGGCUGGUGACACUCCACUCUCUCUGGCCUGUGCCAAUGGCCACUUAAACACAGUCGAGUACCUUGUGAACGAGCAUCAUUGUGAUCCUAAAAAUACAGUCAACAAGGCUGGUGACACCCCACUCUCUCUGGCCUGUGCCAAUGGCCACUUGGACACUGUGAAGUACCUUGUGAAUGAGCAUAAUUUUGAUCCUAAUAGUACAGUCAACAAGGCUGGUGACACUCCACUCUCUCUGGCCUACAAUGGUGGACACUGGGAAGUGGUCAAGUAUUUCGCCAACACUCAUCACUGUGAUACAAAAAGUUUCUUAUUACAAGCAGUAAUGCGUAAUUGGAUUUCAGUGGAGUUUCUACUCGCAGAAUGCCACAGCGAUCCGAAUGUGACCGACAAAGAAGGGAAGACACCUCUCGAUUUGACCAACGACCCUACGAUCAUAAAGCUCCUCUUGAAACACGGAGCCAAGGCUACCAAUGUCUACAAGGAACACAGCAAGCUCAUCGGAAGGCUCUCCUCCGAGCGACCCCCACACCUUCCUCUGUCUGUGCUCAUCAUUGGCGAUGGUGGCGUGGGAAAGAGCACUCUGUUGAAGUCCAUUCUGAGCCCAAAAGGGCUUUGGUCUUGGUUCCAAAAGGCAAGACCCGUAGAUGGCGUCGAUGCAAGAACAGUGGGGAUUAUACCGUACGAAGUAUACACCAAAGAGUUUGGGAGAAUCAUCUACUUUGAUUUUGCUGGUCAGAAAGAGUUUUACACAAGCCACUGUGCCAUUCUGGAGAAUGCUGUUCAAACCUCACCACCCAUUAUUAUCCUCUGUGCUCAGCUUAAAGAAAGUGAGCAGGUGAUUAUUGAUUCCGUGAAUCAUUGGCUAACCCUCGUCCAAAACCAGUGCACCAAUUUGAAAGGCAAAGCACAUGUAAUAGUAGUUGGUAGCCAUGCCGACCAGGUGAGGAAAAUGGGAGAGGAUCCACGAGCCAAAGAGAGCAUCUUUGCCCCCAUUAUCAAGCAAUUCCUCAAGUUUGAGUUCACAGAGUUCAUUCCAAUGGAUUGUCGGUUUGCAGAUUCCGAUGACAUGACAAAUGUAAGAAAACAAAUUCAGAAAAGCUCUGCUAUUCUCCGCUCGCCGGAAACCAUCAGCCUGAAUGCUCACACCUUUUACAUAUACCUUGCCGAAAACUUCAAAGAAGAUCUUGCUGUUUCAUUGAAGGUUGUUCAAAAGCGAAUCCACAGCGAUCUAGACCGAAGACAUGAAUUAGAGAAAAUGGCCGAAAUUCUUUUCUUCAUUCCGACAACCCUCAACCGUCUAGUUGAUAUCUGUGACCAGCUAAGCAAAGUGGGUCUGCUGCUGUUUCUUCACAAUGAACCCUCACCAGAAAAGUCCUUUCUGAUUUGUGAUUCCAAAAAAUUGCUCUCCGAUGUACCUGGGACAGUAUUUGCUCCUGAGCACUUUCGUCAGCACUGCGAUCUCGCCUCAAGCACUGGAGUGGUGCCUUUGUCCAAGUUUGCAAAAAAUUUUGAGAACUAUGACAUUGAAAUGCUGAUUGCUUUCAUGACACAUUUAGAGCUGUGCUUUGAGAUCAAAGACAAGCAAGUUAUAGAGUGCAUUCAGAAGAUGGAACCAUACCUAGACGACACUCGCUACCUCUUCUUUCCCGGGCUCAUCAGGAUAGAAACUCCCGAGCAUGUGUGGGAGGAAGACCCUUCCAUAAGCUACCACUUUGGCUGGAUAAUCGAAUGUGCUAAAGAUAUCCAAUUCUUUGAUGCACGUAAUUUUCAGAUUCUCAUUCUGAGGCUAGUGUUCACUUUUUGCCUUGCUCCUCUCGAAAAAAUCAUCACAAAAAACCCUGCCCUUCAAAAAUUCUGCUCUGUGUGGAAGAGUGGGAUGUGCUGGUGCCACGAUGAUGAGAUUACCGCACACCUCGAGCUUCAUAACAGCAAGUCUAUCAGUCUCAAAAUGCGAUCUGAAGUUCUUACACCUGAGAGCCUAGCCAAUCGUUCCAAGAUAGUCAGUAAAAUUCUCGAAACGGUGAAAGAUGUUUGUCCCAAUAUUGUAGUUGUGGAAUCACUGAUCAAUCCAAAGGAAGUUGUCAGUCAUCCUCUAAAACCUUCCUCAGAGCUCACUCUGUGUAGAGUUAGACAUAUCGCUCUAGCUGUCACCUCUCAAAAAGAAGCUGUGAAAUCAAUUCAUCGUGCUCUUUCACUAAAACGCCUUCUCCAGUUUGAGCCGUAUGCUGGUUUGGACCUCAACACUCUACAGUGUAUUCACAGUGACAAGAAUGCCAUGAAAGAUGAACACAUUUCGAAUGUAUUCGUUUCUCAUUUUGCUAGUCAAAUUUCUGAUCCAAACAGUAUACUCAUGUACAGAAGAAUCUUGAGCCAACCUAAUGUCAAAAGUCAGUCGGUCAGUCCCAGACAGGAGGUGGUCCAGGCCCUUGAGACGUGGAGGAGUGAGACUGAGGGAACUUACAGAUGUCUGAGGGAGACUCUCAAUAAGUACAGCGUAUUCACUGGGAGAAACCCUCUGGAUCUAGCUGAUGUGGCUCAAGAUGAUAUUGAUCCCUCUGUGCUUAGUAGCUGUGGUGAUGAGCAAAAGGAUCCAGGAACCACCAGCCUCCAUGAGUGGAUGGUCAAGCAUGGAGUCACUGACGAGCAGUUGGAUCAAGAGAUUGAACAAAACGACCUUGCUCCAGUAGCUAUGCACUUUGAUGAUGUGGAGCUCUACCUCAACCCACUGAAGUUGACUGACAAUGAACAAGCUGACGUGAGGCGAGAGAAUUAUUUAACUAGAAGCAAUCAAGUGGCAGUGAUCAGCUGUUUGUCAAUCUGGAGGGGUCACGAACCCAGCCAAGCAACCUUCAGAGCACUGAUUAAAAUCUUGUUAGAUCUGAAGAAGGAAAAGAUUGCUACCAAGAUCUGUCAGUACUUGAAGGAAAAGAUUCUGAGGGCCCCAGCAGAGCCAGCCCGCAAGAGAGCACCAUCCAGCAAGACGGACAAACGAACUACCUCCCCCCAAGGUCCCAAACAAAGGGCUAAGUCUCCCCCUCCAAGCAAGACACCAACAUUACCAAAGGGCCAAUCAGGAAACAAAGCAAAGCGCCUGGCACCCCGUGCAGCUCGUUCCAAAAGCCUCCCACCAAGCAAGAAACCAGGAAACAAAGCAAAGAGCCUGGCACCCCGUGCAGCUCGUUCCAAAAGCCUCCCACCAAGCAAGAAACCAGGAAACAAAGCAAAGAGCCUGGCACCCCGUGCAGCUCAUUCCAAAAGCCUCCCACCAAGCAAGAAAUCAGGAAACAAAGCAAAGAGCCUGGCACCCCGUGCAGCUCGUUCCAAAAGCCUCCCACCAAGCAAGAAAUCAGGAAACAAAGCAAAGAGCCUGGCACCCCGUGCAGCUCGUUCCAAAAGCCUCCCACCAAGCAAGAAACCAACAUUACCAAAGGGCCAAUCAGGAAACAAAGCAAAGAGCCUGGCACCCCGUGCAGCUCGUUCCAAAAGCCUCCCACCAAGCAAGAAACCAGGAAACAAAGCAAAGAGCCUGGCACCCCGUGCAGCUCGUUCCAAAAGCCUCCCACCAAGCAAGAAACCAGGAAACAAAGCAAAGAGCCUGGCACCCCGUGCAGCUCGUUCCAAAAGCCUCCCACCAAGCAAGAAAUCAGGAAACAAAGCAAAGAGCCUGGCACCCCGUGCAGCUCGUUCCAAAAGCCUCCCACCAAGCAAGAAAUCAGGAAACAAAGCAAAGAGCCUGGCACCCCGUGCAGCUCGUUCCAAAAGCCUCCCACCAAGCAAGAAACCAGGAAACAAAGCAAAGAGCCUGGCACCUCGUGCAGCUCGUUCCAAAAGCCUCCCACCAAGCAAGAAAUCAGGAAACAAAGCAAAGAGCCUGGCACCCCGUGCAGUUCGUUCCAAAAGCCUCCCACCAAGCAAAAAACCAGGAAACAAAGCAAAGAGCCUGGCACCCCGUGCAGCUCGUUCCAAAAGCCUCCCACCAAGCAAGAAACCAGGAAACAAAGCAAAGAGCCUGGCACCCCGUGCAGCUCGUUCCAAAAGCCUCCCACCAAGCAAGAAACCAGGAAACAAAGCAAAGAGCCUGGCACCCCGUGCAGCUCGUUCCAAAAGCCUCCCACCAAGCAAGAAACCAGGAAACAAAGCAAAGAGCCUGGCACCCCGUGCAGCUCGUUCCAAAAGCCUCCUACCAAGCAAGAAAUCAGGAAACAAAGCAAAGAGCCUGGCACCCCGUGCAGCUCGUUCCAAAAGCCUCCCACCAAGCAAGAAACCAACAUUACCAAAGCGCCAAUCAGGAAACAAAGCAAAGAGCCUGGCACCCCGUGCAGCUCGUUCCAAAAGCCUCCCACCAAGCAAGAAACCAACAUUACCAAAGGGAAACAAAGCAAAGAGCCUGGCACCCCGUGCAGCUCGUUCCAAAAGCCUCCCACCAAGCAAGAAACCAACAUUACCAAAGGGCCAAUCAGGAAACAAAGCAAAGAGCCUGGCACCCCGUGCAGCUCGUUCCAAAAGCCUCCCACCUAGUGGGAAAGCACAACGUUCCAAAAGCCCGCCUUCUAAGAGACUCAGUGCACCCAAAAGUCCCCCUCCCAAGAAAACAGGACAAUCCCCACCGAGUGGAAAGAGGGCGGGGUGUCCCAAGAGCCUACCCCUGGCAGUAAGGGAGGAGCACGCAACAAGAACCCCAGUGGAGGGCGACCUAAAGGGAGUACUCUUGCAGAGCCAAGAUCAGCGUAUCCAUGACGCUAACAUUAAUGGUAACUCUACAAGCUAAACGUUAUAAACAUAAACUGUGCAUGUAUGUAUGCUUACUUGAUGUUUUUACUUAGCUGCUACUAGAUUUUUGGUACUGUCUUUUUGGUAAGUAGAUGCAUCAUUUUUAUUUGAUAGAAAUUUUAAUUAGUUUACUGAUUUGUGAUUAAACAAUUAAUUUUUAAUGGCAUAACAGUCUA